UGAAUACAAAGCCCGGGCUGCGUUGCUGCCUCAACUCCUGCCUGGGCUCUCCUCAGCCAAAAGAAAAGAUUGAUCUCUGGGCUGGUGAACGUAAUAUCUGUCCCAGUCAGAAAAGGAGAAAGGAAAUUAGCAGGACGAUUGGUGGAGAAUGAUAUCUGUCAAAAGAAACACUUGGAGAGCACUGAGUUUAGUAAUAGGUGACUGCCGGAAAAAAGGGAACUUUGAAUUUUGCCAAGAUCGCAUUGAGAAACAUUCCACAAUGCCAGACUCACCUGUGGAUGUGAAGACGCAAUCCAGGCUGACGCCCCCAACAAUGCCACCUCCUACUACUACCCAAGGAGCCCCAAGAACCAGUUCUUUUACACCCACAACGUUAACCAAUGGCACAAGCCAUUCACCAACUGCAUUGAAUGGGGCUCCUUCUCCACCUAAUGGCUUUAGUAAUGGCCCAUCAUCUUCCUCCUCAUCGUCUUUGGCUAAUCAACAGUUACCACCAGCUUGUGGAGCUAGGCAGCUUAGCAAACUGAAGAGAUUUCUUACAACACUACAGCAGUUUGGCAAUGACAUUUCACCAGAGAUUGGGGAGAGAGUGCGCACUCUCGUGCUAGGACUUGUGAACUCUACUUUGACAAUUGAAGAAUUUCAUUCCAAACUGCAAGAAGCUACUAACUUCCCACUGCGACCUUUUGUCAUCCCAUUUUUAAAGGCCAAUCUGCCCCUGCUCCAGCGGGAGCUCCUGCACUGUGCAAGGCUGGCCAAGCAGAACCCUGCCCAGUACCUCGCUCAGCAUGAGCAGCUGCUUCUGGAUGCCAGCACCACCUCACCUGUUGACUCCUCAGAGCUGCUUCUCGAUGUGAACGAAAACGGGAAGAGGCGAACUCCAGACAGAACCAAAGAAAAUGGCUUUGACAGAGAGCCUUUGCACUCAGAGCAUCCAAGCAAGCGGCCGUGCACUAUUAGCCCAGGCCAGCGGUACAGUCCAAAUAAUGGCUUGUCUUACCAGCCCAAUGGUCUGCCUCACCCCACUCCGCCACCACCUCAGCAUUACCGUUUGGAUGAUAUGGCCAUUGCCCACCACUACAGGGACUCAUACAGACACCCCAACCACAGGGACCUCAGGGAGAGAAACAGACCUAUGGGGUUACAUGGUACACGUCAAGAAGAAAUGAUUGAUCAUAGGCUAACAGACAGAGAAUGGGCAGAAGAAUGGAAACACCUUGACCAUCUCUUGAACUGCAUCAUGGACAUGGUGGAAAAAACAAGGCGAUCACUCACUGUGCUACGGCGAUGUCAGGAAGCUGACCGGGAGGAACUUAAUUACUGGAUACGGCGGUACAGUGAUGCAGAGGAUUUAAAAAAAGGCAAUGGUAGCAAUCAUUCUAGGCAGCAGAGCCCAGUGAAUCCAGAUCCGAUCCCAUUAGAUUCACAUCGGGAAUUCCUUCACAGGCCUGCGUCUGGAUAUGUGCCAGAGGAGAUCUGGAAGAAAGCUGAGGAAGCAGUCAAUGAAGUGAAACGUCAAGCAAUGACUGAGUUGCAGAAGGCAGUGUCAGAGGCAGAACGGAAAGCCCAUGAUAUGAUUACUACAGAGAGAGCUAAAAUGGAGCGCACAGUAGCAGAGGCCAAGCGGCAGGCUGCAGAGGAUGCACUAGCUGUGAUCAAUCAGCAAGAGGAUUCUAGUGAGAGUUGCUGGAACUGUGGCCGUAAAGCUAGUGAAACCUGCAGUGGUUGCAAUACAGCACGAUACUGUGGCUCAUUUUGUCAGCAUAAGGACUGGGAGAAACAUCACCACAUCUGUGGACAAACACUUCAGGCCCAGCAGCAAGGGGAAACACCAGCAGUCAGUUCCUCCGCAACACCCAACAGUGGAGCCGGGAGCCCCAUUGACACACCACCAGCAGCUACUCCUAGGUCGAACACCCCUGGAACUCCAUCCACCAUAGAAACAACUCCUCGCUAAGACUGAACACAGAACUACUUCAGCCAAAAGCAAGCAAAAUACAAAACAAAACAAAAAAUUCCUCUUCCUCAGAUGCUCAGUUUUUUGUUUUUGUUUGUUUUUUUUGUUUUUACUAAACUGUCUGAUUUCAAUGCUACAAGAGAACUUGUACCAUAUCUUGAGGUAGACGUAAAAUACAGAAGGCCAGUAACGGGUCACAGUGACUUCUUAUGGAUAACAAAGAUGUCUUUUCUUUAGGAAACUGAGAAGAGCAGAUAAUUUAACACACACAAAACGAUAGAUUUGACCUCCUCCCUGUUAUUUUCCAGUAGCUGGGAUUUAAAACUAGAUGACCUCAUUAACAGAUGCUUUACCAAACAGCAAACCAAGAGAUUGCUAAUUGCUGUUGAAAGCAAAAAUGCUAAUAAUAUAAAGUCACAAUGUUCUUUAUAACAAUAAUGGAUUUUUUAAUGCAAAAGAGAGAGAGAGAGAGAGAGAACAAGAGAGAAAGAAAAAAGGGGAAAAACCCUCAAGGGCAUGGGCAUUGGAUAAAGCAGCAGACAU